GGCUGCACAAUUUAUAAAUAGACGUUGCCCUGGGGCUGCCUGAUGGUGAAGGGGUUGUUUAGUAAAUCUUUCUCCUUGAAGGAUCCCAUCAUCGGAGACCGUUUGAAAAUACCAGUUUCCUUUGUCUUCUUGGAGAUCCCAGGUUUCAUCAGGUCAGCCGAGUCUGACGAUAUUUCUCUCUGCCUGAUUUAGGGACAGGCCUUGGAUAUUUGGAAUCACUUUUCCAUGGAGCACAGAGAUGAUGAUGAUGAUGAUGAUGUGUCCUUCGCCAAAUGGAUGAGCAGCUUCUGGGGUCACAGCUGGAUGGAGGAGGCUGAGAGAGGACCCCGGGACCGCCACGGAUCACGCGACACCAGUUCCAGGAAAGCCUCCCUGCCCUGCCCGUUUCCCGUCCUUCCCAGAGUCACAGCGUCUGACAGCCAUCCUAGAAGGCAUUCUCACGAGGACCAGGGAUUUCGAUGUCAUACGCACAUGAGGGAUUACAGAAAAUACUCAGGGGAUGGGUCAUUCAAGGACCCAUUGGAAUCAAGAAGAAGAUCCCAUUCCAAAAUUCAGGCAUUUUCAGAGUCCUUUGAACAGCAGCUGUGCUUUAGAACCAAACGCUCUGUCUCUUUGGGACCCGCGAGCAGAAAGGACCGAAACGGGAGAGAAACGCCGCUGCGGGAGACGAGAUCCCGCAGGGAAGCGGAGGAAGCGAGGAGCUCCCCGAGGGAAGAACAUGGCGAAGCACGCAGGGCUCCUCCCCUUGAGGAAGGACCCAAAGGAUACUUUGUUUCCACGAGGCAAGGAGGAGCCGCGGCCGCCAAUGAGUUGCAGCUCGGGGUAGCCGCGGCCGCCGAGAUUCGUGCCCCGCGGGGGAAACCAGAUGAGGCACAUCUGGACAGCUGCGCCGAGGAGCUGUGCAGCCCCUCCGCGGGCCCGACUUCAGCUGAGCACGUCCCCCACGUCCUCUCCUUCUAG